UACCUUGACGAAAUAUGAUGUCCAAGGUGGCUCAUGGCAUUGUUUUAAAUAUGCGGUCAGGACUUCUGAGGCUCGAGGCUUCAGUAACAGGCGGUCUUUCAGCUUUACGUAACAAAAGCAGAAAACCCUCGCUGACGGAGCGCUUUAACCUCAAGGAGUCCUCGGUGUCCAAUGAGCAGUUGCUUACCUACGAGGUCGGUUCCAAAGAGCGAACUGACCUUGAGUUCGCCCUGCUGGGUAUCCUUAACAAAGUGGAGCCUGUGCCCAUCGUGAUCGAUGGCCAGGAGUACUCUGCCACUGAAGAGUUUCAACAGGUUCUCCCCUACAAUUUUCAGCAGCCCAUUGCCCGCUAUAGCCAUGCCCACCGUGUCCUUAUUAAUGUGGCCAUCGAAAAGACUCUGCAGGCGCAGGAGGAAUGGGACAAGACCAAGCUGAGUGAAAGGAUUGCAAUCUGGGAAAGAGCAGCAAAGUUAAUAGCCGGCAGAUAUCGCACUGACAUCGUAGCGGCCACAAUGCUUGGCCAGGGCAAGACCCUUCGUCAGGCGGAGGAGGAUGUGGCCGAGUUGGUGGAUUUAAUGUGGAUUAAUCCCAUCUUUUUGCGGGAAUUGGCCAACUACGAACCGAUCAAUGAUUCACCAGGAGCCUGCAGGAAUUUAAUGAGACUACGAGGUCUUACAGGCUUUGUGGCUGCCAUUAGUCCUUUCAACUAUACCGGCUUAGCCGCCAAUCUGGCCUUUAUGCCUGCCUUGAUGGGCAAUGCGGUGUUGUGGAAACCCUCCGAUUCGGCCAUUCUUUCCAACUAUUACGUUUUCGAGGCAAUGCGUGAUGCAGGUUUACCCAAUGGUGUUGUGAACUUUUUGCCAGCCGAUGAGAUAACCUUUGCCACCGAGGUGACUCAACAUUCAAAGCUGGCAGGUAUCAACUUCACUGGGACUUCAGCGGUGCUCAAGGUGCUGUGGCAAUUGGUUGCCUCGAAUCUCAACUUUUACGAGAACUAUCCAAGAUUGGUUGGUGAAGGUGGUGGCAAGAAUUUCCACUUUGUACAUCCCUCAGCGGAUCCCGACACAGUGGUGGCCUGUACCAUAAGAUCGGCCUUCGAGUAUGCCGGCCAGAAGUGCUCCUCCUGCUCGAUGUUGUAUGUCCCGGAAUCGCUGUGGAAGGAUCAAAUAAUGGAGCCAUUGGUGAACACCACCGCCUCCUUGUGCGUUGGCCAUGCCACCUACUGUGAUUGCUUCUGCUCGGCGGUGAUCAAUCGAAAGGCCUACGAUCGCAUCUUCAUGUGGCUGAGAUACAUUACCCAGAGUCCAAGCUGUGAGCUCCUUACCGGUGGAACGUGCAACAAGCAGCGGGGUUACUAUGUGGAUCCCACGGUGGUGCUGGUCAAAGAUCUGGAUAAUAUCAUCUGUAAGGAGGAACUGCUGGCCCCCAUUCUAGGUGUCUACGUUUAUCCCGACGACCAGAUUGAAGAGACAAUGGCCAAGGUAGCGGAGAUUAAUCAUGGACUAAUUGGAGCUGUUUUUGCCAGAGAUAAGGACUUUAUUACGAAGGCCUACGCGGCCUUCCGCUCCAAUGUGGGUAACCUGAAUGUCAAUGACAAAUCCACGGGUUCCAUUGUGGGACAGCAGCCUUUUGGAGCGGGUCAUAUGACCGGUACCAGCGAUAAACUGGGAAGUCCUUUCUCCCUGCUGCGGUGGACCUCACCACAGGUGAUCAAGGAGACCUACAAUGCACAUGGGAAUAUCUAUUAUCCCUUCAAGCAGAUACCAGACCAAGAUGAAAGUCUUGAGAAAAAAGAUAAACACGCCGGCGAGAUGAACAGCGAUGCGAUGUAUCUGGGAGACAACUCCUUGGAGGCCUUUAAUGGGGAUAACAAGACCAUAUCAUAGUGCCAUUCCAAAUCAUAUUAAUUGAAGAAAUAAUUCCAAAUUUUUUGUCCUACCUAAAUUUAAUAAAAAUCAUUAUUUAGUUUUGUAA